CUGCCGCGGAACGUUUUGAGGCCAUAAUAGAGUAGCAACUCACCCGACUUCUUUCUCCAACCGACCAGGCUUCUGCAGAUGCUUUACCUGCCUUGCACUCUGCAGAUCAUUACACAUGCACUUCUCAAUCUACUAUCCCUGUCACUCUAUCUUACAAAAGUUUGCCAACACUUUUGAGCUCCAUGAGACAAGGUAUCAGUCACAAACAUAUGUUACGGUGGCCGAUUUCUUGAGACGCAUCAAUCGUUUGGUGCCAAUCCUGGAGAGGAGCAUCUUCUCUUUACACCCUGCUUCUCAUAUUCUCUCCCAGCUUGCACCUGAAGUUUCACACAUCUUCUCCUGCACUGCACUUCUUGGCUUAUAAACCGGCAGCUCCGGCCCACAAGCAGCCGAUCGCAGGAAUCUCAUUCCCCCACCUGCGCCAAGCAAGCUCAUGAGAGCAGCCUGUCAAGGUGGCAAUGGAGGGACCAAGAGCGGUGGCGAUGGUGGCGGUGAUCGUCCUGGUGGCGUGUUGUGGUGCUCAGCUGGCUGUCGCCGGAGGUGACCAGGGCCAGCCGGCGGCGGGAGGGCCGGAGGCGAGUCUGCUGUGCAUCAGCGAGUGCGGGACGUGCCCCACGGUGUGCACGUCGCCGCCGCCAGCUCCUCCCUCGCCGUCAUCAUCAUCAUCUACACCGUCGCCUCCCUCGCCGUCAUCGUCAUCAUCAACACCGUCGCCUCCCUCGCCAUCGACGUCGAUCCUCCCGCUGCCCACGCCCCCGCCGCCGUAUCUGACUCUGCUGCUCCCGCCGCCCCCGUCGUCAUCGUCGACGGAGCUGCCCCCGUCCACGCCGUCGCCGACUCCACCGAAGAGCAGCGGCGGGUCGUCAUCGUCUUCGUCUUCCUCGGCUCCGUCCUCGCACUUCUCGUCGCCGCCGUCCCCGCCGUCGUCCUCGGCGAACCCGUACUACUACUUCUACCUCUCCGGGGGCAGCAGGAGCCGCGGCGCGUCGAGCGUCUACGCCGUCGUCAUCCUCGCGCUGCUCCUGCCCGCCGUCACCUUUUGGAGGUGAGAUGAGGUGUUGGACGUUGUCGUUGCGUCGCCGUGUGCCCAUUCUGGUGAACUCCUCGUGUGUUUAUAGUACUACAAGUACUGUCACUUCUUUUCCCUUCCCGGCCCCCGUCAGAUUCAGAAGCUAGCAGCACUUCCACUGUCUAGUAGUAAUUCGUUUUUGUUGUUGUAACCCUGUCUAGUAAUUCGUCCCUUGUGUAAUGUUACUGCUGAUUAUUAACUAUUACAAGUGCACA